AGACCGUAUGUAUAUACCAUACGAAAAAAUUAAAGACAAUUUAUUCAAACUACAUCCAGAUGUACUUACAGAAUCAUCCUUAAAAUACCAGUCUCUGGUAAACGAGAUAUAUGCAGAGCGAGUACUACAUUUACGAGAGACAUGUCGGAUCAAUUCAGAUGAGUUUCUUGGCGAUUCUAAAGAUAAUGAUGUGAAACAUAAUAUACACGUCGAACAAAAUCAUAACUUAGUGUACUGUCAGAUUCAGAAAGUUGGAUCGACAUUUUUACGGAAAUUAUUAAGUAAAGUUUUCAUGAGUAGUAAUAUAAAGAAAUCAAAACGAGGCUUUAUAAGAUUGACACAACAUAAAGACAUUGGUUUUGCAGAGCUGCAUUCCGUUAUACAAAAAUCUGACAAAUUUAUGUUUGUUCGGGAACCAUUUUCCCGUGUUCUAUCUGGAUAUGUUGAUAAACUAUUUUGUACUAAUACACUUUACUGGAAAAUAACGGGAAAAUAUAUAGUCUCACAAAUGCGUAAGGAUGCUAGCAGUGCCUCUUUGAGAUGUGGGCACGAUGUUACAUUCCCAGAAUUCGUCAAAUAUAUCAUUCAAUCUGAAAACCAAAGCAAACAUAAAGACCGACAUUUUACACCGAUGUACGAACACUGUCGGCCAUGUCAAAUUCCGUACGAUUUCAUCGGCAAAUUGGAAUCUUUUAAAGAAGAUGUCUUGUUUUUGAUAAAUGUAUGGAACAAUGCUUAUGGAACUAAUAUUACUUUCAAUGACUUCGACACAGAGACAUCAGAAUCAAGAGUGUUAGGACAGGCUACACGGAUAUUUGGGAUGAGGAAACAAUUAGAACGGUGUAUGUCAUUCUACAACGCUAGUGUAAGGUCCUGGAGAGAUUUACAAAUAAGAGGAGUACUACCGAUACAGGAACCGUACCCAUUCAGUCCAGAGUUCACACGUGAUCACAUGACCAAAAUGGAUUUCUUCGAGGCAGCCAAACAGGCUAUUGCUUCUGUGUCUGAUAUCAGAGCUGUCAAGGCUCAACGUAAUGAGGCUUUCAUUGAAGCAUUUAGUUUAAUACCAAUGGAGGAUUUAUAUCAAUUGCAAAAUAUUUUAAAACCGGAUUGUGAUUUAUUUAACUACGAUUGUAAACCGCCAAAAAUAUUUGCUAGGAAUAAGAACAGCGAUAAACUAUUAAAAUAUUUUGACCUAUUGUGAGAACUUAAUUUAAACAAAAGUUAUCUCUUAUUGACUUUUUUCCAUAUUAUUGUGUAUAGACGAUACAAUAUGGAAAUAGCUGGGAAAAGAUUAUAAAGGUUAUAGCAUUUAUCGAAUAACAUAUCACAUGGUAACUGCACUAUAUUAAUGUCGAGUGAUCAUAAGGUACAUUUAGGGGGCAAUCUAGGACAUUUUUUUUUAAAAUUUAGAUACAUUUGUUUCAACAUUCAAUUGAAGCAUGAUGGCCAUCAUUUGUGUGCGGGUCGAUAUUUUUUUCAUUAGAAAACGACUUUUAAUGUGUUUUUUUUGUUUGUUAUUGUUUAUCAUGUUCAUGUUUUCCUCAUAAUUCCAAGUACAUUUGUAUUUGCAUACUGAGGACAAUUGAAAAAAAUGCAUGACUGAAUUAAUUUUAGAGAGCAAUUAUUUUUAAAGAUUAAAGUGACUGUGUGUGGAAGAAUCGUUGCUCUUGGUAAUCAUAUAUACCUUGUUGUGUGUUACUGGUGUUCAUUUUAUUAUUAAAAUUAA